AUGCCACUGUCUUUUGAUACCAACAUGAGGUUCAAAUUCCCAUUUGUGGCUAUAUGUUUGCAGCUUUCCAUGAUCAUUUUAUUUGGACUUUUUGUUGGCUAUGAAAAUAAGUGGCAAUAUGUCCAGAAGAAUAACAGCUCCAGUAAGCCUGACAGAUUCCUUGAGCUAUAUCCUUUGUUCCAGAACAUCCACGUGAUGACCUUCCUGGGGUUUGGCUUCCUCAUGACCUUCUUGAAGAAAUAUGGCUUCAGUAGUGUGGGCAUCAACCUGCUGAUUGCUGCGCUGGGUCUGCAGUGGGGCACCCUCAUACGGGGGAUAUUACAUCACCGCCAGAAAUUUUACAUUGGCAUCAAAAACAUGAUAAAUGCAGACUUCAGUACAGCCACAGUUUUGAUUUCCUUUGGAGCUGUCCUAGGGAAAAUAAGCCCAGUCCAGAUGCUAAUCAUGACAACCUUAGAAAUCCCUGUCUUUGCAGCCAAUGAAUAUCUUGUUGGUGAGAUACUGAAGGCUACUGAUAUUGGGGCAUCAAUGACCAUUCAUGCCUUUGGAGCUUAUUUUGGCUUAGCAGUAGCAGGUGUCUUAUAUCGACCAGGUCUCAGGAGAAGAAGGCAUGACAAUGAGAAGUCUGUGUACCACUCAGAUUUGUUUGCUAUGAUUGGCACACUCUUCCUUUGGAUGUUCUGGCCCAGUUUUAACUCUGCAGUUGCUGAUACCGGAGACCACCAGUACAGGGCUAUAGUGAACACAUAUUUCUCACUAGCUGCUUGUGUGCUCACUGCCUUUGCAUUCUCCAGCCUUGUGGAGCAACGUGGAAAACUUGAUAUGGUUCAUAUUCAAAAUGCAACCCUUGCAGGAGGAGUAGCUGUGGGCACCUGUGCAGACAUGGCAAUCCAGCCCUAUGGUGCUAUGGUAAUCGGUAGCAUUGCUGGGAUUGUCUCUGUCCUUGGGUUCAAAUUUCUGACACCAAUUUUUGCUAUCAAACUGAGGAUUCAUGAUACAUGUGGUAUUCAUAACUUGCAUGGCUUACCUGCAGUGGUUGGAAGUAUUGCAAGCAUUGUGGCAGUAGCCUUGGGAGUCGCUGAUAAGACCACUAUGGCCAAGCAGGCAGCUGCCCUGGGUACUUCCCUAGGAAUGGCAAUUGUUGGAGGACUAUUAACUGGUUUAAUUCUAAAGAUACCCAUAUGGGGACAGCCACCUGACCAAAAUUGCUAUGAUGAUUCUGUUUACUGGGAGGUUCCUGAAGUGGAGAGACAUAACUAUUAUUUCUUUGAAAAUGGUGACCACAGCCAGCUGCAGCCAGAGGCCGAAAAAUAGUUCCAUAUUCUGUUCUCACCUAAUUUUCUCCCACAAUACUCUUUUUUUUAAAAAAAAAAAAAGAGCACUAUGCAAAUAAUAUCUCAAAUUUUGAACACAGACAAUA